AUGAGCUCCUCUCAGUGUGAGCUGUAUCUCUAUAACCCCAGUUUACCCCUCGCGGUGAUAGGGGUCCUCCUUUUUACAAGUCUUGUAUCAAUACUUACAAUGCGAAUGAUCCAGACCAAGACAUGGAUCGGCAUUUUCUUUGUUCUUGGAGCACUGGUCAACUUGACUCAAACCGAAUUUGUGGGAACAUUGAGUGCGGAAAAAUUCUGUUGGGUUCCUAUUACAUGGCAGCGACCGCUCUACCUCAGUAUCAAUACAGUCCUGAUUCUUACACAAGCCGUUGGCGGCAUAAUGACGGUCGGGUCUACCUCCAUCGCAACAAUUGCAGUCGGAUUCAAGAUCACAAUUGCCAUAUACGUGACUCAAGCUAUUUUCUGGGGAUUCGUUUUUGCAGAGAACAUCUCCAUAUCAAUCCGACUCGGGCGUCACCCAACAGAAUCCAGUAGACAUGCCAUGGCCAAUUGGAAGCGUUGGAAUCAGUUGUUUGGCCUGUCGACAAGCAUUAUCGCAUUCGGUCGCAAUAUUAUGCGUCUAACCAUGGCCGGCGGGAUUGCAUUCCUUAUCGAGAAUGAAUGGCCUUCUUACGCAUUCGAUGGCUUCCAGAUGGUUGUGGUUUUGGGCGCAUGGACGAUUUGUUCCAUGUUGGGUGAAAAUAUUGAUCCAGAAUCACAACCAGGGUUUCAACCCCAGCAUUUGACAUCGGACCAUGAAACAAACGCUUUGGAGAAGAGGGAUAACGAGCAAGAUGCGGAAGUUGAUCUAGGUCUAGUGGUAUUCUGGGACGAGCCCGCCGAUCAAGACCCUGCGAAUCCGAUGAACUGGAGUGCUCGAAGAAGAUGGAGCAUUGUCGCGAUGGUUUCUUUCAUCACAUUCUUGACUCCUCUCGCAUCCUCAAUGUUUGCGCCGGGCGUCCCCUUGGUAAUGGCGGAUUUCAAGUCCGACUCUACCAUCCUCGCAACAUUUGUCGUCUCCGUGUACAUUCUAGGCUUCGCAUUCGGCCCACUCAUCGUCGCACCCAUGAGCGAAUAUGGCGGUCGUGUAAUUGUCUACAACACCUGCAAUGCACUCUUCUUCAUUUUCAACAUCGCCAGUGCGUUGGCUCCUAACAUGGGAUCACUGAUUGUGUUUCGGUUUCUAGAUGGCAUUGCUGGUGUUGCGCCGACGACUAUUGGGAGUGGCACUAUUGCGGAUAUCAUGCCGACGGAGAGUCGGGGGAAGGCUAUGGCAUUUUGGUCUAUGGGACCGUUGUUUGGGCCUAUUAUUGGACCGAUAGUUGGCGGAUAUUUGGUUCAAGGGACGAAUUGGAGAUGGGUGUUUUGGGUGUUGGCUAUUGUGGGCGGCGUGUCUGCAAUCGUUUUCUGGUUUGUGGUCCCUGAAACACAUGCUCCAACUCUUCUCGAACGAAAAGCGGCUCGCCUGCGAAAAGAGACUGGAAAUAAUGGGUACAAGUCACGUCUUGACGAUGGAGUUCCGCCCAAACAACGAUUCCUGCAAAGCCUCGUUCGACCGAGCAGAAUGUUGCUGUUCUCCCCAAUUGUGGCGUCAAUGUGCAUCUACAUCGCCAUUCUGUACGGCCUUUUGUACAUCCUCUUCACCACAUUCUCCGAGGUUUUCCAGGGACAAUACGCAUUCUCAUCUGGCGCCAGUGGCCUUUCCUUCCUGGGUAGUGGAGUCGGCAUGCUUCUUGGCCUUUUCUAUGCCGGAUCCCUCAGCGAUCGGGCAAUCAAGAAGAAGCUUGCAAACAAUGAGAAGCCCGAGCCGGAAGAUAGACUACCUUGGUACAUCGCCCUUCCCGGAUYUUUAAGUAYCCCCGCCGGUCUCUUCAUCUACGGCUGGGGAGUUGAUAAACACGUUCACUGGAUUGUCCCCGAGAUCGGUAACGCCGUAACGGGCUAUGGAAUGAUCAUCAUCCUCAUGGGUAUAAACACCUUCCUGGUGGAUGCAUUUACGAAACAUGCUGCUAGCGCAAUCGCUGCUUCUACUGUAUUGCGAAGUCUGGCUGGUGGGUUACUUCCACUAUGUGGAUUGAAGCUAUAUGACAAGCUUGGCUAUGGAUGGGGGAAUAGUUUGCUUGCAUUCAUUGCUUUGGGAAUAUCGCCCAUUCCGAUUUUGUUUCAAUUGUUUGGAGCGCGGCUGCGUGCUCGAUCGCCUGUUCUAAAAUAG